UAAUGUUAAUAGUAUAUAAUACUCCUUAGUAUUACGAGAUGUUAGAUUUGAGCAAUAUGAUAUUUGUGUUUGCUAUUUUGACUUACUGGAUGUCAGGUAACAAAGUUGAUGCCCAACAGAACCCAGUUAUUUCCUACAUCACUAAAGAGAGAGUAGUUAACAUAGGAGAUAAUGUUGACCUACAGUGCUCUGUUCAGUAUGCAUCAAAUUAUCCUGUAUUGUGGACAAAGAUAAAGUAUGAGAAUCCAUCAAGCAAUCUUUUCAUAUCAAAAGACAGCACCCUGAUUGUCCCAGAUCCAAGAUACUCCAUUCGCCAUGAUGAAGCAAGCAAAACUUACACACUGCAGAUUUCAAAGAUCCAGGAAAUGGAUGCUGGAAUUUACCAAUGUCAGGUGCUCAUUGGAUCAACUAGCAAGAUUACUGCCGACGUUUCUAUGCUUGUGAGAAUUCCUCCUGUGAUAUCAGACAACAGUACACGAUCUGUCAUCACAAGUAGUGGGGCCACUGUAUCUCUGCAUUGUUAUGCCUCUGGGUUUCCGAUACCCCGUGUUUCUUGGAGAAGAGAAAACAAUGAUCUGCUUCCAACAGGAGGUGCUGUGUACAGGGGUAAUGUUCUGACUAUUCACGAUAUCACCAAAGAUGAUAGGGGCACCUACUAUUGUGUUGCAGAUAAUGGAGUUGGAAGGGGUGCUAGAAGAAAUGUGGGUUUAGAAGUAGAAUUUGCCCCUUUUGUAACAGUUGAUAGACCACGUUAUGGACAGGCUUUACAAUAUGACAUGGAUCUUCAGUGCCACGUAGAAGCAUUUCCUUCACCCUCUAUUAUUUGGGUAAAAGAUGGAUAUCAGCUAAAUGACAACCAGCAUUACAAGAUUUCCAUCUUUGCCACAGCAGAUGAAUUUACUGACUCUACACUGCGAGUAAUAAGCAUUGAGAAAAAACAGUAUGGAAAUUACACUUGCAAGGCAAUCAACAAGCUAGGGUCACACCAGAUGAAUAUUGCCUUGAUUGAAACUGUGAAUGUGAUAUGUCCUCCAGCUUGUGGACUUAGUCUACUUUCAGCUGCUGUGUCUAAGGAGCCAUCUUUGUUUCCUGUUGUUUUCACUAUGGCUGUUGCCUCCAUUUUCACCAUACUUCCUUCAUAUUGAUUGUGUUGGGAACCAGUAAAAAGUUAUAGUAUAUUAGAAUGUAAUAUAGCCUCCUAGGAGUAUUAUACACCAUACAGUUUUUACAUUUAAUGUUCAUUACCAAAAGUUCUGUAAACAUAUGAAGCAAUGACAUUGUUUUAUAGUACUGUUUUAGAAUAGAUUGUUUAAAAUUGACUUCUUUUAUAUAUAGUUUUAAUCACACUUAGAGAUUAGUUGAGAAAAUGUUUUGUUUCAUUAUGCAUAUAGUUUGUUUUAAAUCAUGUUCAUAAAAGACAACAGAAAAAAUACUUAAGUUGUCACUAAGUUUUUGUAAUUUAAAGUACUCUUAAGUUUGUAGCUGAAAUUUUUACACAAACCUUUAGCAACAUUUUUAGUAUUAGUAGUAGUGUUUAAUGUAUUUGAACAGGUCAGUAUUCUUUCUUAUAAAUUGGAAAAUUUGUCAAAGUGUACUUGAGAUUUGAAAAAGCAUGAUUUAUCUAGCAAUUCAAUUAAUUGUGUAAAACAAAGUUGUAAACUGUCAAAUUGCUCAGAAGUUGAAUUUUGUUUUAUUGCUAAGCUAUUUGAAAAGAAACAGAUGCAAGGUUUCACAUUUAUCAACAAAAGCUGAACGUUAAGAUAUGAUUUUUAACUAUACAAUUAUUAUUAUUAUUUUUGCAUAUUUGAAAACUUUUUUUAUGCAAACAUCAAUAAAUAUAAGUGAGUUUUUAAGAUUAGUAUUACAUCCUAGUAAAGUUUACAGAUUUUUUUUUAUAUUAAAUGUGUAUUGUUUACCAUUCUAUUUUCUUUGCUUUACAAUAUUAUGGUACUGAUGUUUCAGAUUUUUUUAUUUUACAAAAAUGGCUUUCCUUGAUAUGAUUUUUGUAUUUGAGGCUGACUCAACUAAAAAAACAAAGAUCAACUUCUCACAUUGUCAUUUCGUGUUAGGCAUUUGUUUAUCAAUACCCCCCCCCCCCCACCCACACACACACACAUUAAGUUAGUGUUAAUUAAGAUGUUUAAUGAUAGUGAUUAGGCAACAUAAUUUUAGUGAUCCGCUUUUUUGCACGUGCUAAUUACUGCAUUCAUUAUGUUGAAAAAUGACAGAUUCACUCAAAACUUGUUGAUCCAAAAGUAGUGAAAUUAUUAAUAUUAGUGUAUCUCUCUCUUUUCUCCUUUCUUUUUGUUACAAUUAAUUUAAAAAAUGGGUGCUGCUAUUUAAAACUCUUGUCUUUAAUAGUAGUAUAUUAAUAAUAACAAACUUUUAUUUGCUUAUAAAUUGGAAGAACACAUUACCAGGUAAAUUUUCAGUAGAUUAAAGAUGUAAGUUAUUUCAAAUAAUUUGACUUUAAGUUUUAUUUAGUAUGAAAAGUGUUUAGUAGGAAUUAAUUAGAAUGAACUGUUUGAAUAUUGAAACAACAUGAUACUUAAUUUACCUUGUGAAUCUCAAUAAUUCCUGUGAUGAAAAAAAAUGUUUUACCGCUGAGUAAAUUCUUUUUCUUUAUUCGCAGCAGCAUUUUUGUUUUGUUUAUGACAAAUGUGAAUUUGAAAUUCCGUCCAAAAAAUAUACAUUUAUAUCAAACAUUUUUUACUAAAUGCUGUGAUAUUUUAUACACACCAAAAUUCAUUCAUUUUAUUAAGAACAUUCCAUUUUUUGAUAACUGACAAAUUUCUUUAUCAGUUGUAAUGAAAAAAAAACUAGACUUAGUCUUCUGGUAUGAUGGUCAUUUACCCAUACUUUAACUGUGAAGACCGGUAUUAUAAUAUUACCAUGUUACCUCUUUAAAUUUCAAGAUCAAAGAAGAUUUAAGCAUUUAUAGAAAGAUUCAAUUAUUUAAAAAACGGUAGUUCCCUGGUGACUCAGUAGUAAACUUGAGUGCUUAUAAUGCUAACAGUUCAGGGUUUGGUCACUGAAUUGUUGUAAUACAUUAUGGGAAAUAUGUAUUAAACAACAAACAAACAAGAAAAUUUAUAUUCUGAAAAAUUAUCAAGCUUCAAUGUUUUUACAUCUUAUUUUCUAAGUAAUAAUUAAGAAUCUCUAAUAAAAUCUGUUGUUUAUAAGAUUAAUCCUUUAUCAUAAUAAAUACUUCCUUGAGGAAAGUAUUUUUUUUAUGUUAUAUUUAAACUACAAAUUUUAUUAAUAGUUGUAGAAUGCAAGAGUACCCUGAUGAAAUUUAAAGCAUGAGAUACUUGAACAAAAGUGUUUCCACUCUGUAAUCCAUGUGCAGUUUGUAACUUCUUAAUGAUGUGUUUUACAGUCUAUGUUACAUAAUUAAUUUGUCAUAAACGACUGAUAUUUUUGAGUAAGUUAUAUUAUUUUGAUAUUAUUCAAAUAGUCUUUUGAAGCCAGGUGAUUUGUAUGUCAUAUGAAAGUUACAAAUAUUUCUCCAGACCAAGUCUUGGUUGUCCAUUAAAAAAUAAAGAUAUUAUACAGUUAAAAGCUUUAGUUAGUAUAUAUGAAAUAGAUCUGACAUAUAAAAAUGGCUGAAGUUUAUGUAUCUUGUGUCUAUUUGUAAAACUUAUCUCAAACCAAAUACUUGAUGAUAAUAUUUUGGACAGAGUAGAAAACUUGAGGCAAAAUAAGUGUUUUAUUUGUAAAAAAGUUAACUGUUUUCAUUAUGUUUAUAUAAUUUUUUUACAAGUUUUUAAAUCUUUAAUUGACUUGGUUAUUGAUAUAUAAAAUUAUCAAUCCCAAGGUGUUGCUUUUAUUUCAUGUUGCUGUCAUUUUAAUUCUAAUAAUCUGGUUUUUGUUAAGGUAAUUUUUAGAUAGAUUGGUUAUUGCAGAGCUACUAAGACUAUAUGCCACUAUCUUUAAUUUUUAACUGCCAUCCAGAGGGACGGCAAAUGAUUUGGCAACACACAUUGCCAGUUCUUGGGUUACUCUUUACCAACUUUAUAACGCCCCCAUGGCUGAAAGGGCUAGUACGUUUGGUCAUAGAUUUCAAUCCUGUGACCUGCAAAUUAUGGCGAAAAGAGAGUAGCUUACGUUUCCAUUCUACCUAUGCAAUCUACAUGGUAUUUGUUACUUUUCUUCUUCUUUAAACUUUGUAGGAAAUGACAUUUUAUUGAUAGUAAUAUAAAGGUGUUUUUCUUUCUGUGACUAAUGGUGUUUUUGUUCACAAUUUUACAUUAUGGAGAUGACCACAAAGAUGGUAGUUGUUGAACAUGAAGUCUUAUGAUUUUCAGGUAUUGAUGUGCAGAUAAAACUAAAACAGUCAUUAAAUGAAAACUCUUUAACAGUUUUGCCGCAUUUUGUAUAGUGGAAACGUUGUAUUUAAUCAUAAUAUAGUGUUUUGCUAUUUAAAACUAAACAGUUGCCGCCAUGCGUCUGGCCAUUGUCAUCCGUCAUACAGGCAAAGUGCCAUUAGUGACGUCAUUUUCCAUCGGCCAAUCGCAGCACAAGUACCGUUUAGGCUAUCUUUAUAGUGUAACAGUCUUGACUCGAUAUCUGUAAAAAUGAAAAUGAAUAAACAUUACGUAGUUGAGAACAGUAGGCCUAAAAAUGUCACGAAAGCGAUCUUUGGUUGCUAGUAAAAGAUAAACAUGACCUCACGAUCAGUUCUGAAGUCAUAAACAAUCUGUUUUAGUGGUUUUGAAAUUGCAUCAGAAACUUCAACAAUGUAACAAAUUCACCAAGAAUAAUAAAACACCAUAAAUUGUGUAUCAGUGAAUGGGUUAAGACUAUAUUAUGUAACACAUCAUAGUACAUUCCAGAUAUUUCUAUAAAACCACGGUGUUUUUCAUGAUGUAUUAACUUUGUUUUAAGGAAUAAAAUGUAUAAUUAUCUGUU